AUGUCGCUUGCGUUGUCGCCGCCACCUGCGGCCCCGUUGCCGUCACCUGCGGCCCCGUCGCCGCCACCUACGGCCACGCCGCCGCCACCUGCGGCCCCGUCGCCGCCACCUGCGGCCCCGUCACCGCCAACUGCAGCCACGCAGCCGCCUGCGGCCCCGUCGCCGCCACCUGCGUCCCCGUCGCCGUCACCUGCGGCCCCGUCGCCCUCCCCUAGCGGCCACGUCGCCGCCUCUACCGGCCCUGUCACCGCUCAACCGCCCAGCGACCGAGCCGCCGAGCAGCCCAGCAGCCGAGCCGCCCACCAGCCGAGCCGCCGAGCCGCCCAGCAGCCGCGCCGCCCAGCAGCCGAGCCGCCCACCUGCCGAGCAGCCGAGCCGUUAAGCAACCGAGCCGCCCAGCAGCCGAGCCACCGAGCAGCCAAGCCGCCCACCAGCCAAGCCGCCGAGCCGCCCAGCAGCCGAGCCGCCCAGCACCCGAGCCGCCCAGCCGCCGAGCCGCCCUACUGUCGAGCCGCUGCUGUUCCUACUGUCACCCGCCUCUCUGACUCCCUUCGCUUAGUCAGGGACCACUUCCUCUCAGUUUGCCCCACCACUCUCACCGUCGAUCUCCUCGAGGAGCGCCUACUAGCAGCAGAGAAGAGCAUAGUCGCUGUAGGAGCCUCUCGUGGUGACCCUCGCACCCCCGUCUUUGAGGGGUGUUCCCCCUCCCCCCUCUUGCCCUCUGUUGCCUCUGCUGCUGCGGCCGACCUCGUUGGUUUCGAGUCGGUCGGCGCUGCAUUUGCCCCGAGCGGGAGACGCCGCACCGGCAAGGGCAAGGGGGGCAAGGGCGCUGGAGGGGCUGGCGAGGGCGGUGGAGGUGGUGGUGGAGGCAGUGGAGGGGGUGGGGGUGGUGGUGGGAGUGGUGGCGGGGGUGGAGGUGUGGGUGGCAGCAGUGGAGGCGGAGGAGGCGGCGGCGGUGGCGGAGGGAGCGGAGGCGGCGGAGGUGGUGGAGGCGGCGGAGGCGGCGGAGGUGGCGGAGGCGGCGGCGGCAGCAGUGGACCUGGUCGCGGCUCUGCACAGAGGAGUGGCUCCGGUGGUGGUACGCGCCAGCAGCAGCAGCGCAGUCGUGAGACCCUAUCCCCUCAGCAGCUUCGUGAGUGGUACGCUGCGCGUCAGCGCGGUGGGGGUACUGGUCCCUGCACCUACGUUCUCCGCACCGGCGACCGCGCUGGUGAGCAGUGCGGGGGCCCGCACUCCACCCAGCACUGCUUCGGCCGCCUGACGGACGCGUGGCGUCACCAUUUCCCUGAGGCCUCUGAGAUCCCUCGCUGGGGAGAGCUGUCUAGGGUGAGAAACUGA